AUGGCAUUAUCCGACAAAGACAAAGUCGAGGCAGAAGUACACUCAUCUCUAUCUUCUCAUCCAUCGGCCGAUAAAGACGACAGUUACGAUGUCUACACGCAGAUUCGAGGACUCGAAUAUCCGUCAGAAGAGGCGAAAAAGGUCCUCCGCAAGAUCGACACUCGCUUGAUUCCGCUCCUCUUCGUGAUAUACAUGCUCCAGUAUCUGGACAAAAACAGCCUUAACUUCGCCUCGGUGUACGGCCUCAAACAAGGCACGCAUCUUCACGGACAGGACUACGCCUGGCUCGGCUCAAUCUUCUACUUUGGUUAUUUGAUCGCCCAGUAUCCGGCCGGAUAUGCCCUGCAGCGACUUCCGAUGGGAAAAGUCCUGUCCAUCACUACCAUCAUAUGGGGCGCACUGCUCAUGACCACGCCCGCCUGCCACAACUUCGCCGGCAUCGCCGCCAACCGCUUCCUCCUAGGGCUUGUCGAGGCCGUCGUGAACCCUGGUUUUGUCCUCCUCAUGAGCGUGUGGUAUACAGCAAAGGAGCAGCCGCUGCGUCUGGAGGCGUAUUACUGCACUAACGGCAUCGCUACGAUGUUUGGCGGAUUGAUCGGCUACGCUGUGGGACAUAUUACCUCCGGUCUACCGCGGUGGAUGUACGUCUUCCUCAUCUUCGGUGCGGUGUCCGUCGCGACAGGGAUCAUCUCGCUACUUCUGCUUCCUGAUCUCCCGUCCACCGCGCGAUUCCUCACCCCCAGGGAGCGAGCCAUCGCCGUCCACCGCGUCUCCAGGAACCAGCAGGGCGUUAAGAAUCACCACUUCAAGUGGGAGCAGGUCUGGCAGGCCGCGCGGGAUCCCAAAACAUGGCUUCUCUUUGUGAUGGCGGUUGGGGCGCAGGUGCCCAACUCUGCGUUGACGAGUUUCACCUCCAUCAUCGUCGGCUCGUUCGGCUUCGAUACCCUCGGCACGCAAUACCUGCAGAUUCCCGGCGGCGCGGUACAAUUCCUCGCGCUACUGGUGGGUGGCUGGAUCGCGACGAAAUUCGGUGAUAAAUUCCACUCGCGCAGUGCGUGUAUGAUCGUCGCUAACAGCAUCUGUAUCAUUGGCUCUGGAUUACUCGUUGGCCUGCCUGAUACAAACAAAUGGGGACGGCUUGUGGCGCUGUGGCUGUGCUACUUCCAGGGUCUCGGGUUCAGUAUGAGUUUGACGACGGUGAGUUCGAAUGUCGCCGGGUAUACCAAGAAGCAGGUGACCGGCGCGCUGCUGUUUACCGGGUACUGUGUGGGGAAUAUCAUUGGGCCGCAGACGUUCAAGGAGAGCGAGGCGCCGGGGUAUCGUAGUGCUUAUAUUGCGUGA